UUAUUGAUUUUGUUAGCUCGAAUAUGUUUUGAUCGAUCUCCAAACCAUGAAAGUUUACUGUUUUUUCCUAUCUCUGCAACAAAUUGUUGAGGGCGUAUUUAUUAUUAGAAAGGCCUGGCUCUGGAAAGUUAUUUAGACUCCAGCCACCAGGGGGUGGUGCCUCCAAUGGCAUCUUCUCGUAUGGCUGGAGGGUUAACCCAAUCUUCCUCAAGCUCUGGAGUUUUCUUCCGAGGAGAUGGGCAGUCCCAGGCUGUAGUUAACUCUCACUUGAGCUCACCUUAUGAGAACUCAUCUAAUUCAAUUCCUGGAACUGGGCAUCCUAAUCUGGGUCUGAUUUUGGGGGACAUGAACAGUGAUGUGCUGAACGGUUUGGCAAACUCAGGACUUAGUGUUGGGGCAAGUUCUUUGGUAACAGAUGCAAAUUCGGCAUUUUCAGGAGGUGCCCACUUGCAGAGAAGUGCUAGCAUUAAUACAGAUUCAUUUAUGCGCUUACCGGCAUCACCCAUGUCGUUUUCUUCGAACAAUAUAAGCAUCUCAGGUUCAUCGGUCAUUGAUGGGUCCUCUGUAGGCCAGCAGGGCUCUCAUCAAGACCCAAGUGUCCAACAAAUGAAGCAGAGUCAGCAGCUGCAGCAAGGGGCCUCAAGUGCUACAUCUUUGCCCCCAUCACAAACUGGGCAAGCUUCACUUCCCAUGGGUCCACGAGUCCCAGGGUCCUUCCUGCAAGACCCUAGUAAUCUAUCCCAGGUGCAGAAGAAACCUCGACUAGAUAUCAAGCAAGAAGACGUUCUGCCACAGCAGGUGUUGCAACAGCUGUUGCAAAGACAGGAUUCCAUGCUGUUGCAAGGUCAAAACCCUCAAUUACAAGCUUUGAUCCAGCAGCAGAGACUUAGGCAACAGCAAAAAAUUUUGCAGUCAAUGCCACCAUUGCAGAGAGCCCACUUGCAACAGCAGCAACAAAUGCAUUUGAGGCAGCAAUUGCAACAGCAGGGCAUUCAGCAAAUAGCUGCAAUGAAGCGUCCCUUUGAUGGUGGUGUAUGUGCUCGCCGGCUAAUGCAAUACCUAUAUCACCAACGUCAAAGGCCACCUGACAAUACUAUUGCAUACUGGAGGAAAUUUGUCGCAGAGUAUUAUUCUCCUCGUGCAAAGAAAAGGUGGUGUUUAUCACAGUAUGAUAAUGUUGGAAGUCAUGCACUUGGUGUUUUCCCUCAAGCAGCUAUGGAUGCCUGGCAGUGUGACAUUUGUGGGUCUAAGUCUGGAAGGGGAUUUGUGGCAACUUUUGAAGUAAUUCCCAGACUUAAUGAAAUCAAAUUUGGCAGUGGAGUAUUUGAUGAGCUUCUAUUUUUGGACUUGCCUCGUGAGUAUAGAUCUCCUUCUGGAAUAAUGAUGUUGGAGUAUGGAAAAGCAGUUCAGGAGAGUGUAUAUGAGCAGCUUCGUGUUGUUCAUGAGGGUCAGCUUCGCAUCAUAUUCACUCAGGACUUAAAGAUAUUGUCUUGGGAGUUUUGUGCACAGAGACAUGAAGAACUUUUUCCUCGUCGUUUAGUUGCACCUCAGGUAAACCAGUUACUUCAGGUGGCACAAAAAUGUCAGAGCACAAUUUCUGAAGGUGGAUCUGAGGGGGUUUCUCAGCAGGACUUGCAAACAAACAGCAAUAUGGUCCUGACAGCUGGACGACAGCUUGUGAAAAGUCUGGAGUUACAGUCGCUGAAUGACUUGGGUUUUUCAAAAAGAUAUGUGAGAUGUUUGCAGAUUGCUGAGGUUGUCAACAGCAUGAAAGAUCUGAUAGAUAUUUGUCGAGAAAACAAGGUUGGGCCAAUUGAGGGCUUGAAAAACUAUCCUCGACAUGCCACUGCAGCCAAGCUCCAAAUGCAAAAAAUACAGGAAGUGGAGCAGCUGGCAAAUGUUCAGGGUCUGCCAACUGACAGGAAUACCCUCAAUAAGCUGAUGGCAUUGCAUCCUGGUAUAAACAAUACAAUGGGCAACAACCAUCACAUGGUUGGUCGAGGAACUUUAAAUGGUUCAGCACAAGCUGCUUUGGCACUUACUAACUACCAGAAUCUGCUCCUUAGGCAAAAUUCAAUGAAUUCAAACCCCAAGUCACUUCAUCAGGAAGCCUCAUCUUCCUUCAAUAAUUCUAACCAGGGUCCAUCUUCAAACUUCCAAGGGCCUGCUACCUUGUUACCAGGAUCCAUGCAGACCCUGCAUGUUAGUGGCUUAUCAAGUCCCCAUUUACCUGCUCAACAGUCACAACAGCAGCAGCAACUGCAGCAGCAUACGUUAAAAACUAAUAACUUAAUCCAACAGAACCAUCCGCAGUCCUCCCAGGGUAAACAGGCUUCACAACCACAAAUGAUCCAACAGCUGCUCCAUGAGAUGUCUAAUAACAAUGCGGGAGUUCAACAGCAGUCCCUGAGUGGGCAGAAUGGGAAUGGUAGUGUGGGAAGAAAUGGAGUGGGCCUUGGAAGCAACAACCCUGCUCCGGCUGCGGCUACCUCUAAUGUGUCUGGAAGUGUUUCAGGGCUUGCAUCUGGUCGAAGCAACAGUUUUAAAGCUGCUUCAAACAGCGACUCUUCAGCAGCUGGUGGCAACAAUGGAUUCAACCAGAAAGCGCCUGAUUUUACUCAGAAUCUCCAUUUGCAGGAUGAUUUAGUUCCGGAUAUAGCUCAUGAGUUCGCGGAAAAUGGGUUUUUUAACAGUGACCUUGACGAUAAUAUGGAUUAUGACUGGAAGGCAUGACUAGCAUAGUUUGGCCCAAUCAAUUACUUGUGCUGGGUGAGUAUUUGGGCAAAUCCUUGUACAGAAUAUUUGAAAUAGCUGCCCUUUUCUUCUUUAUUGUUUUUUCUUUUCCGGCCUCCCUAUAUGACAUUGUUGUGACAUCACUUGUUUUGUGCUUCAAUUGGUAUUUAGUGACCUUUUCCUUUCUUUUGUUUUCCUUUUAUCUUUUUUUUUUUUCUUUUUUAAGGUUUUCCAGCAAGUCUUGCAAGUGUAAUCUAUUGAACGAAUUUGAGUUUCUUAUUAAUAUGAUAUUUACAUGUUUCGCUGGCCA